UAUAAAACAAGGGUUGGACUGUUGUAGGGAGAGAGUUGAGAGGAGGACAAACGCUGGGCUACAGAUGUUUGUUCAUGUGGACUAAAGCAACAGGAUACAAUAGACAUGUGUUUCUUACAGUGUGGGGAUUGUUUGCUGAGGAUUGUUUGCUGAGGAUUGUUUGCUGAGGAUUGUUUGCGGAGGAUUGUUUGCUGAGGAUUGUUUGCUGAGGAUUGUUUGCUGAGGAUUGUUUGCUGAGGAUUGUUUGCUGAGGAUUGUUUGCUGGGGUUUCUGAAACAGGCAUCUAGAGGAUACAACACACAAUGUGGCGACCAGCGAACAGAAACAACUGGGAUGACAACUGACAAGACAGGCUCAAGUCGGGCGUGUUGAGGUCAUCGUCUGGCGUCACGUGACUGGUUCUUUCAAUCAAAGAUUGGAUACAUUUGACUGGCCAUACAGCUUGUGCUGGACGGUGGUCAGUAGAGGACCAUGAACAGCUCGGCGCUGGUGGACGAGUCCAGCAGCAACGCCACCUGUGACGGCAUCGACUGCUACCCGGACAUCGUCUUUGAGAUGGCCACGGUGUUGACCGUCGUGCUGGCCGUGUUCGGGGCGUUCGGCAACAUCCUGACCGUGCUAGCUAUCCUGACCAGUCGGCUCAGGAACAACAUCAACAGUAUCCUCAUCUGCAACCUCAGCGUGUCGGACCUGGCCUACUGCUCGGUGGUGCUGCCCCUACAGGCCCUGACUUUCUACAGCAAGUCCUGGCCACUCUCGCCCAUCCUGUGUCAACUGCAUGCGGCCCUCAGGAUCUGGAUGAUUGGCGUCAACAUGAUGCUGCUCAGUACCAUCGCUCUCUACAGGUUCCUGCACGUGGUCCACCCACAGAGCCACACCCGCUACACCCAGACCUCGUGGUUUGUCGGCGCCUGCAGCCUGUGCUGGGCCCUGCCCUUCAUCUUCGUGUUGACGCCCCUGGUGGACUGGUGGGGCUCCUUCUGCUUCCAGGAGCGUAUCCUCCAGUGCACGUUUAGCGCCUCCAGCAGUAAGUCGCACAAGAUCGCCACCAUCACGGCCGGCUACGUCGUGCCCUGCGUCUUCAUCUGUGUCUGCUACGCCCGCAUCGGCUGGGUCGUGUGCACGACACGGCGACGCGCCUCCCGGGGCAGUCAGUACCGCAAGCAGCGCGCCAAGCGGGAGUCGUUCCGCCUGACCGGCAUGAUGAUCCUCAUCUUCGUCGGCUUCCUGCUGGGGACCACGCCCUUCUUCGCCAUCAACACCAUCGACAACAAGCUGCGGUACCCGAUGCCGCACAUCUGGUCGCCCUUCCUGGCCUGGGUCAUGUACAGCCUCAACCCCCUCAUCUACACCAUCAUGGACGCCAACUUCCAGCGCGCCUACCACCGCCUCCUGCUCUGCUUGAUCUUCAAGCCCGACAACGUGGCCGAGACCAGUGUUGUAGACAGGCAAAGCACGUUACUAGCCGGGAAAAAUGAAAACGCCAAUCAGUAAACCUGCUAGAAGGGCAAUAGACCUACUAUAAGGGCAAUAGACCUACUAUAAGGGCAAUCAGUAGACCUACUAGAAGGGCAAUCAGUAAACCUGCAUAGACCUACCAAAAGGACAAUCCAUAGACCUACUAGAAGGGCAAUCAGUAGACCUACUAGAAGGGCAAUCAAUAGACCUGCUAGAAGGCCAAUCAGUAAACCUACUAGAAGGGCAAUCAAUAGACCUACUAGCAGGAUAUGGACAAUUAGUAGACCUACUAGAAGGGCUAUCAGUAGACCUGCUAGAAGGGCAAUCAGUAGACCUGCUAGAAGGCCAAUCAGUAGACCUGCUAGAAGGGCAAUCAGUAGACCUGCUAGAAGGGCAAUCAGUAAACCUACUAGAAGGACAAUCAAUAGACCUACUAGAAGGGCAAUCAGUAAACCUACUAGAAGGGCAAUCAAUAGACCUACUAGCAGGAUAUGGACAAUUAGUAGACCUACUAGAAGGGCAAUAGACCUACUAGAAGGGCUAUCAGUAGACCUGCUAGAAGGGCAAUCAGCAGACCUGCUAGAAGGGCAAUCAGUAGACCUGCUAGAAGGGCAAUCCAUAGACCUACUAGCAGGAUAUGGACAAUUAGUAGACCUACCAAAAGGACAAUCAACAUACCUACUAGAAGGGCAAUAAACCUACUAGAAGGAUAAUCAAUAGACCUACUAGAAGGAUAAUCAAUAGACCUACUACUACGAGCCGUUAAAAUCGCCCACCAUUAGGACGUGCCGCUAAAGGGAGAAAGGGCUCAAGUUGACGGCAUCAUUAGGAGGUGGGAACCUUCGCAUUUCGUUAGCCGCUACCAUUGAUGUGUAGUUUGUAGGGUAGACCAUCAUUUAACGCAGACAAAUGGACAAUGCUGGACAUUAGAAGACAAAUGGACAGACGGCUGACAUGAACAGACUAGGCUGAGUGCUGGACUACUGAAGUCAUCAAGUUUUGUGUUUAGUAAACAUUUGUAUCGGACACAGCGGGUUUGUGAUGUGUAGACAUUUAUCGUCAGUCAACUCAAUAUCUGCGCUUUUAGAUUUGGUUUUGAGCUGAUCAACUUCAUCUCUCGGUCGAUAUUAACCUUCAGUUAUUGUGCUACAUGAUUACUUGACGUAGUUCUCCAAAUAAACAAGUGAAACGAAAUUUGAAACUAGCGACACUGUGCUCUCCUCUUCCUAUGGGCGUUACGAUGUGCUUUAACUGUAGGGAACCUCACUGGUGUAGAGCGGCGCAUUACUUUUAUUUUAUAAACCAUUGGACUGGCAGGGUAUGAAUGACAGUUGGGGGCUAGACUGUGAUAUGAGCAUUUGAGGGGCAGACUGUGAUAUGAACAUUUGAGGGGCAGACUGUGAUAUAUCUAUAAAGUUGCUAAUCUAUUUGAUUGAUGGGGCGCAUUAGUCCAUACAUUGGGGAUCCUGAUUGAAAAUAUACGACGGUGUGUUGUACCGUUGAAGCUUUGUAUCUAUUAAGUUAAGUCAUAUUUGUAUUGUUGCAUCUUUUAGCCUUAAACCUGUGUUUCAAGAUUUGUACAUUUCUGUAUAUAAACAUCAUGAUGUGUAUAGCUAUGAUGUGUAUAGCUAUGAUGUUCUCGCUUUAUCAAUAAACUGAUACAAACAAUGA